CUUAAAACCGGUUUAAUCGAAUAUUUCGCAAUAAAUCCGAACAAGCACUCUAACACGGAAGUGAUUCGAGAAAAAUAAAUUGGUAAACAUAUGUGUUCCAGAUAAAGAAAUGAAGAUGAAGACUCACAUGCUGAUGGUAUCAACAACAUAUUUCCUUCUUUUGAACAUGGCUGUAGUUGUUGAAUCUGAGGUUGUUGGUCAAACAACAACAGAAGCAGCUUCAACAGCAGCAAAGAUAACAACAACAACAAGUUCCAAUCCUAUCCCAAGUACAACCGCUGAUGACAAAGGCACUAACAAUGAAACCACUGUAAUCCCAAGUACCACAAGUGUUACACCAUCCAGUUCUAAAUUUUCACAAAAUAAUUCAAGCACACCUGCUGUUGCUACAGCAACAAACACUUCUUCCACUGCUGCUACUACUUCAACAGCAGCACUAACUUCAACACCCACUACCUCUGUAAAAACUACUGCUAAUUCAACAAGAGUAACUACAACAGCAAAACCUAAUACAACUGUUACACCUGCCACUACAAAGAAAGAUUAUUCCACAGCCAGCACACCAUCAGCUACAGCAGCAGCUACAACAAUAGCAGCAAUAACAACAACAACACCAACAACAACAAUUAAAACUACUACCCCUAGAGUACAACCUACACCAAACGACAGUACUACAACAAAAGAGCCAAAAUCAACAGUGCAUUCAACAACAAUCCACAGUUCUGUGACUCCAAGCCAGAAUGCCUCAGCUACAACAUCCCAUGCAUCAGCUAAAGACAACUCAAAGUCAAAUAUAAAGUUGACAGUUGCUGUCGUACUCACCUGUCUGGUGAUCUUCCUCAUCAUCAUUGUCAUUGUAUGCUUCGUCAUUCGCAGAAAGAAAAAAUACUUCAGUCAGUUCCAGUUGACCCGUCUGCAGGAGGAUGAGGAUAAUAUCAUGGAUGAACAGGACCUCCAGGAUUUCGAUGGAGCAAGAUAGAUCAGAUGGACUCAGGCAGAGAGACUUAGUCCAAGAAAAGGCAGGAAUGGACAAAACGUCAUCCCCAUCAAUGUUAUCCAGAAAAAGAAAUCUAUGUCUUUCUUUUCAACAACUAGUUUUAUUGAUCAACAUUAACAAAUGUCUGGGAAUUCCUUGUAGAAUUAAUUUAAAAUGCAUACCCAGUCUCCACACAGUGAUCUCCCUUGACAAAUGAACGAGAUCUCCGCACCACGUACGAAAAAGAGCUGAACCGUAGCAUUACACUUUCUUUUGGAAAAGGAAUUUUACAUACAUGAAUGUAAUAUUUUAUCAAAGUUUUAUUGAAUAAUGUUGUUUUCAAUGUUAAACAAUCAAAAAUUAUUUCAAAUGAAAGAGAGCUUGAGCCGUUUGAAUGAUCUCAUAUUUUUUUUAUAAUUAUGAUCAUAAUCACAUAUGUGUGAUGGCAGUGAUUACUGAGUUAGUAACUACUGUAUGGAGUUUCAUGAAUACUGUGUUAUAGUUUCAUGUUUAUCAUAUCUUACCAGAGGUUCACCAUCUUGCCUGUGUGGUCAGAAUGUUAGCGCUUGCAAAGUGUAAGUUUAUUGGGGCCAUGUUAUCUACGCACGUAUUGUACGAUCACUUUUUUAAUUUAAUAUUUCUGAGUAAAUAAGACCUAUUUUGAAUCUAAAAGCUUUCUUACUCAUUUUAGGCAAAGACCAUUUGAUUUUGAAAGUAAAACCUUUAAUUUUAUUUGUGACAUUCACGAAAUGUUUAACUGUAAUUCUUGAUAUUAUGAUGUUUGGUUGUAUGCUCGUUGGUAAUAUUGACCCAUUAAUAAGCGAGGCGAUUCAUACCUUCAUAUCGUCAAGAAAAUCCAACUACCUGACUGUACAUUGUGUACAUUCUCUGGUUUGAUGUAAAAUAAUUUACCGUAAUUACCCUUUCUAUUAAGUAUUCAUUUAAAGCACAAUUAAAGACAGUGUGGACACACAAUUUAUUUUUAUUUUUUGCAGUGUGGUUUUCAGUAUUUAGACUUGAAGUUAACCGUCCAUAGAUUAGAAGUGACCAGCAAAUGUUACAUGGUAAUCAUAUAAACCUGACAAUGUCUGCCAUUUGGUCAGAUAUCUAACCAAUCUCAGACAUGGACCAGAGGCCACCUGAUCUCAUUGAGAUACAGCACAUAUCUUAAUUGGAUCUUUAUUGUUACUUUAUUUUCUCCACAAAAAGUCUAUCAAGUCUAAAAUAAGUUCUUUCGUCUUCUUAAGGACACUAUUGUGGUCACCUUCAAUUAUUCUUGGAGGACAAUUUUGUGGUCACCUACAUUUAUUUAUUUAUUCAUUCAUUAAGGACAAUUUCAUGGUCACCUUCAUUCAUAUCAUUCAUAUUUGUUUUCUGUCAGGGUACUAUAAUUAAGUCCUGUAGUCAUAUUCAUUUAGUUAUUAAUUUUCGAUAUGAACUUUUUAAAGUGCUCUUGAAUUAUUUUGCUUUGAGAUUCAUUCGUCACUAUGGUAAUAAUAGAUUCAACUGAUUAGUGUUUUAAGUAUUGGAGUUCAUAGUGUUAUCAUGUGCAGUUUAAAAAAAAAACCUCACCGUAUUAUUGUACAAUACUGGUACUAGUAUUUCACAAAACUUCAGUUUGAUAUAUAAAGAUAACAUGAAGCCUUUGUAUGUAUAAUUAUUAUGUAUUAUGGGAAUGGUAUAUAAUAUUAUUUUUAUUUAAAAUGAUGCCUCUUGUGUGUUUUCACAUUCCAUAAUUAUAUCCAAGGUAUUCAGAUGUUAUCAACAUUGGCUGAUGUACCAGUAUGUCUUACCUGAUCUGGCUGGGUAUGACAAAAACAGUUCUGACUUGAAAUUAAUAUGAAGAUUAAAAAACAUAAAUAGGAUUUCCCCUUGUAAAUCCAGCUCUUAGUUAUAUGAAAAGUUUUCAUAUAACUAAGAGCUGCAAAACUCUUAAUUUCUUUGAAAUGGAUUGACGAAAUGCAUCAAAACUUUAAGAAUAUCUUCUCCAAGAUACUCAACAAUAAUUUUUUGCCUUUUUAUUAAAAAGAAAAUCGUCUCUUAAUUUUCUGAUUUUCAGUUACCAAAAUGGCUAAUAGCUUUAAAAUCUGAUUGUCAAAAUGUACAUAAAGAAUUCUUAUAGUAUCAGAUGUUAGAUCCUCAAAAUGGCCAAAUGCAUAUUUUCUCCUAAUGUCAUUGAAAUAUAAUGACAUUUAGACAAACCUAUCAUUUCAAUAAUAGUAAUAUUUUCCCACCACAUCAUAAUGUUAUAUGUUGAUUAUAGCAAUAAUAUUUUUGUUUAAAGUACAUAUCAUACUAUUUUCACAUAUAGUUAAUGUAUCAAAUGUUCAAACAAGCUGGUAAUAAUGUUAAAUUUUAUGCCGAUACAAUUUUAAUACCAUUUGGAACUGUAUCAUUUGCCAAUUACCAAUAUCUAAAACUGUUAACUAAUAUACAAAAUAAAUGACCUAAAAUUAUAAAAAAAAAGUAUAAUUUUUCUACACCUUAAAGCUGCACUCUCACAGAUUGAACGUUUUGACAGUUUUUUUUAUUUUUUGUCUUGGAUUAAGCCAGUUAUGGGAAAAUGCAUGUAAACCCGUCAAAUAAGUCUGCUGACAAAAAAAUAAGAUCGCAGAUUCUUAUAUUGAAGUUUAAAAAAUGGUGUUUGAUGCAUUUUUCCUAAACUGUCAGUAAUGGUUUAAGCCAUAAAACCUUAAUUUUAGAACAGAAAUAUGAAAAUUUGCAAACGGAUCUUUUGUCAGCAGUCUUUUAUCACUGGCUUGCAGAUAUUUACGCAAGAAUUUGCUCAUUCCAAGACAAAAAAAUAAAAAAGAGUGCAGCUUUAACCUCUUGCCAAUGAUACCAACCUAAUGUGGGGUCACCAAGCAUCGAAAAUUCACAUAAUUGUAUAUAUGUUAUAUAACUUUAAUACCUAUAAUUAAUGAUGUGUUGUAAUAUAUACUUGGUAGAUCUAUAUUUGUUACUAUUAUAGGGAUCUCACACAAGUGUUUUAUAAUCCAGGGACCUACAUAUAUAUAUAUAAGAAGGCGCUGUUCUGUCAUGGAUUGUGCCAUAUGCUCACCGAUAUUUACCCACAUUUUUGUAUUGUUGUAUGUACAUUAUACAUUUGAUUUUCUUGUUAAUGUUCUGCGAUCGGUAUUUUAUACAGAUCUACCAUAUGGUGGUCAUGAUUAGUGUGUGUGUAAGCUUGGAAUGCGUCUCUUUGUACAUUUACAUAUUUCUUGUGUUACAUAUUUUAUUGAAUACAAUGUUUGUAAUGAUGCUUUUGCCACUAAACUUGUGAUUCUUUUUUAUAUUUUGUCUAUUUUCAAGGCAGUAUGUUUUUGUUAGUAGAAUGUACAUUGACAAAAUGAUUCAUUUACAGUUACAUGUAGUUUAGUGUUGUAGUGAUCUGUGUAUAUAACCAAAAAAUGUGGCAACACCAAUAUAAAUUUAUUGGGAUGUGAUUUGUCUGCAUGUUUCGUGGAUCAGAUGGCUUCAGGGACAACCCCCCACCCCCCACCCCUUGCUUUAUUUGUUGUAAAGUAUUGACACCCCAAUUUGCUUCAAAUAAGCAAAGAAAGCCAUCGAAAGAGGUUCUAAAAACACUUUUGACUCUGGGCAGGGUGCUUAACUAUUGGCCAUUGGAGACCUUGAGUGGCCCCUAAACCCCUUGCUGAAAUGGUUUCAGCCAUUCAUCUGCCAGGUAACAUCCCUGAAUUAUGGAAUAUGUAUUCUCAAUAACUAGUUGUAAUGGAAGGCUCAUUAUGUGCUUUUUCUUUGUGUGUACAUGCCGAUUUGUUAAGUAAUGGGACAUAUUCUCUACACAUAAUCAAAAAAUAACAGAUAAGCAUAAUGAGGCAGUUUUGGACAAGAAGUGUUAAGUGAUUAUGAAAAAAGGCAUGAUAAUAUUUAAGUUAUAUUCAAACAUUUUUUAACCAUCCCCAACGGAUACUGCCACUCAUUUUUCAAAUAUGGUCAACAGUGUACUUUACCAUCCCUGAUGGAUAUUGCCACCCAUGUCUUAAACAUGGUAAACAGUGUACCUUACCAUCCCUGAUGGUUGUUGCCACCCAUGUUUCAAUGACAGUAAACAGUGUACCUUACCAUCCCCGAUGGUUAUUGCCACCCAUGUUUCAAACACGGUAAACAGUGUACCGGGUACCUUACCAUCCCUGAUGGUUAUUGCCACCCAUGUUUCAAAACACAGUAAACAGUGUACCGGGUACCUUACCAUCCCCGAUGGUUAUUGCCACCCAUGUUUCAAAACACAGUAAACAGUGUACCGGGUACCUGACCAUCCCUGAUGGUUAUUGCCACCCAUGUUUCAAAACACAGUAAACAGUGUACCUUACCAUUCCAGAUGGUUAUUGCCACCCAUGUUUCAAACACGGUUAACAGUGUACCUUACCAUCAUUGAUGGAUAUUGCGGCCCAUGUUUCAAACACAGUUUACAGUGUACUUUACCAUCAUUGAUGGAUAUUGCCGCCAAUGUUUCAAACAUGGUCAACAGUGUACCAUACCAUCCCUGAGUGAUGGAUGUUGUCACCCAUGUUUCAAACACGGUUUACAGUGUACCUUACCAUUCCUGAUGGAUAUUGCCACCCAUGUUUCAAACAUGGUCAACAGUGUACCAUACCAUCCCUGAGCGAUGGAUAUUGUCACUCAUGUUUCAAACAUGGUUUACAGUGUACCUUACCAUUCCUGAUGGAUAUUGCCACCCAUGUUUCAAACACGGUUUACAGUGUACCUUACCAUUCCUGAUGGAUAUUGCCACCCAUGUUACAAACAUGGUCAACAGUAUACCAUACCAUCCCCGAGUGAUGGAUAUUGUCACUCAUGUUUCAAACACGGUUUACAGUGUACCUUACCAUUCCUGAUGGAUAUUGCCACCCAUGUUUCAAACACGGUUAACAGUGUACCUUACCAUCUCUGAUGGAUAUUGCCGCCCAUGUUUCAAACACGGUUUACAGUGUACCUUACCAUUCCUGAUGGAUAUUGCCACCCAUGUUUCAAACACGGUUAACAGUGUACCUUACCAUCUCUGAUGGAUAUUGCCGCCCAUGUUUCAAACACGGUUUACAGUGUACUUUACCAUCUCUGAUGGAUAUUGCCGCCCAUGUUUCAAACACGGUUUACAGUGUACCUUACCAUCUCUGAUGGAUAUUGCCACUCAUGUUUCAAACACGGUUAACAGUGUACCUUACCAUCUCUGAUGGAUAUUGCCGCCCAUGUUUCAAACACGGUUUACAGUGUACCUUACCAUCUCUGAUGGAUAUUGCCGCCCAUGUUUCAAACAUGGUUAACAGUGUACCUUACCAUCUCUGAUGGAUAUUGCCGCCCAUGUUUCAAACAUGGUUAACAGUGUACCAUACCAUCCCUGAGUGAUGGAUAUUGCCACCCAUGUUUCAAACACGGUUUACAGUGUACCUUACCAUCUCUGAUGGAUAUUGCCGCCCAUGUUUCAAACAUGGUUAACAGUGUACCAUACCAUCCCUGAGUGAUGGAUAUUGCCACCCAUGUUUCAAACACGGUUUACAGUGUACAUGUAUUAGUUUCUGAAUCUGUGAUAUGUAGAUGUCUUUCAGAUUGCUGUUUGCACUUUCAUAUAGCAUAGAAAAUUAGUGUAUUCAUACACCAUUUAUGAUAGGAAGAUGUUUUAUGUUUUCACAUUGCUAGUCAAAACAACAGACAUACUAUACAUGGUUCAGCUUGUCUGUUUUUUGUUUUACUUAAACCUUAGCAAGAAUUCAAAAAUCUUUCAUGACAUUCAAAUGAAUCUUGGUACUGAUGGUGCCGGAGACAAUACACACAUGUAUGGAGAGCCCUCUGUUUGACUGUAAAAACAACAGAUAACCAUGUGAAUUAACUCGGCAGCGCCCCUGUUUCUUAUUUCGAUUUCUUCCAUUUUCUGUUAUUUUGUGCCAUGCUAUAUGUGUUGAUAGAUCAAUGUUUCUUUUAUACAACUGUUAAUUUUAAGUUUUGUUUAUUUGUUUAUUGUCACAUAUAUGAGUUUUUCCUGUUGUUUUACAUGUUGCUACAUUUGCAGUAUGAUGUGUUUAACGGAAACCAAUCUUGUUGUUUUAACAAUAUGCACAUUGAUGUUUAAGUGCCAUAAUUAAAACUACGCAAAUCAG